UUCCUUGGUUUUCAAAUUUUUGCUACACACAUGUAAAUUUUUAUAGGGUUAUAACUGCAUCUAUAAUUAAUGUUUAGUCUUGUGAAUUUUGUUUCCUGGUUAAGCGAAGUGCUUAGCUCAAAUCUGCAAGAAAAUGAAGUGGAUAAUAUCACAGAAUCUGUUGAGAUCACAGGAGAAACCUCUCCAUUAGCUGAAAACCAAAUGAUUGAACAUGCACUAACAGCUGGUAUGGUUGAUUCAAAUUAUGAACAAGAACAAUACUGGAAUGACCCAUCUUUGGGCAAUGAUCUUGUACUUGACUGUUUACGAACAUCAGAUUCUGAGGACUGGGAUGCAGAAAUUGAUUCUAUGUCAUCAGAAGCAAUGUCAUGCCCCCCCAGUGAAUGUAGUCAACAGAAUUUUGGCCAUGAUCCAAAAACAAAGCUAUCAGAUAUGAAUGGUGCUCUUUCUCAAGAUUUAAGAGAAUUCCAUUUACAUGAUUCAGAUUCUGAAAAAACACAAUAUUUUGAUGGUGAAUGUUUCCCAAAGGCAUCUACCCAAAAGGAGUUAAAUGUACAUUCAAGUAAUGAGACUUCUUUGUCUGUUCAAAACUGCCAUUAUAAAGAACACAAAAAAACUAUAGCAUGUAACUUUUAUGCAACAAAAUCUAACCCACAUUCUGAACAUAAAGUUAAUCUUAAGGUUAAUCCUCAUCAUCGCUCAUAUGAUUCGAGUAUAGUCAGGUGUGAUGAAGGUUUACCAAACCAACCACAAAUUGCUGAACCUCAAAAUGAGAAUUCCAAACAACAAUUUGUGAAAGACAUUCUAACCAACUUCCAAGAUUCUAUUCCACAUGAUAUUACCAAUGACUCGUCAUUUUCAAAUUCUAACCAAACAUUCAAUUAUGAAAAUAUGUUUCAUUGGGACUUUAUGGAAAAGCUAACCCAUCUUGAAGCUGCCUUUACGCAAGAAGAAAAACCAACAUUUUUGGACACACUUAAACAAACAUUGGACUGUACACCCCCUUAUUCAUUCCUGUUAUAUCUCAUUGAAAACUAUUGUUCCAAUGUGCUUGAGGGAAAGAAGUCUUUGGCUCAUGUUGUUUUGACAGAGUUUGAUAAGUGGCAGAGUGAGGGAUUGUUUAACAACAUAUCUCCUGUGGAGAUGGAAAAAGAUCGAGCCCUGUGGAUUGUUACGACUCGCAAGCUAUAUUUAUUUGACUUGUGUAGUAAAGUUUUCAAGCUUGAUAGCAAGGGAAAUGAGUAUCUUCAAAGACAUGUUUAUUAUCUUCUGCAGAGUAGAAAAAAGUAUAAAGAGGCUGUCACGAUUGCACGGAAACUCAACUUACAACCUUGUUUUCAACCUAUGGAGAUAUUGUUCCCACUCGUGAUACUAAACAAAGUUCAGCUGGCUGAAAGCUAUAUCGCAAAUUGUCCUUGGCAGCAACGAGCAUUCGUUAGUAUGUUAGACAAACUUUGUGUGAUGUCAGAUGAGCAACUGGACGAUCUUACCAGUGAAAUCAUUCCAUCCAAACCCUCCAGUAACAAGGUUACGCAAGCUUCUUUGACGAAACUAGGCGAACGAAUUGUCAAGAAAUUCACACUUAAUCCCGAGGAUUUUCCAGCAUUGUUUAAAGCCAAGAACGUGAAGGGUUUGUGUUAUUUGCUUCAUCAGCGACAGAAAGAUAAAGGAGGAUCAAGUAAAAAGUGGGAUGACCUGAUUGAGCGAUGUGUUGGAAGCAAUAGUUCGUUACAACAAAGUCUUGUCGAAUUACUCACUGAGUUUGGAGACCAAGAAGAGGCUAAAAGAUGGGAAAGAUAUUAUCAACUUUCCUCCAUCCAGGACUGCUAUCAAACUUCUGAAAAGGCUGAGUCAAAGCAGGAGGAUUGGGAAGACGAAAUUAAGGUGAAUGAGGAAGAGUGUUCCCGUUAUAGUUCAACUGUGCAACUUGGCAAUGAACCGGAUUUACUUGAGAAAUCACUGAGCCAGCAAUAUCGUCCUAGUGUGAAGUAUCUCUCGCUUGAUAUUUCGAUGGACGAUAUAUAUUUUGUCGAUGAUAUUGAAUCACUGCGUUCCUGUCAGAGAGCUGUUUCUAAGCCAGGAGUCACGAUUGGAUUUGAUGCAGAAUGGAAACCACAAAUGUGUCAGGCUGGCUUAGCACAGAGAUUAUCCAUUGUUCAACUAUCGCUACGAGACAGGGUGUUUAUUUUGGACGUUAUCGCGCUUGCAGAACAUGUACCAGAGAGUUUGCUAUUGGCUUUUGGAAAUGCUGUUUUUUCAAACGAAAACGUAUUAAAACUAGGAUAUGGUGUUGAAUCAGAUUUCAAAGCACUGGUAACAACGAUACCAGUUCUUGAAAAGUCCAUUAAAAAGAUGAAGCGUUUUGUCGAUUUGUGCACGUUGAGUCAACAGCUGCUUGAAAUGCCAGCCAUCAAGAAAAGAGUUGAGUCAACCACACAGUCUCUUACAAGUUUUGGUCAUUUAAGUGAAAAGGGUUUAAGCUUGUUAGUACAGCAGUGUCUAGGGUUACCUUUGGAUAAAACAUAUCAACUAUCCGAUUGGGAACAAAGACCAUUGUUAACAAAACAAGUCGAAUAUGCAGCUCUUGAUGCUCGGUGCCUCAUCGACGUGUUUGAUGUGCUGAAGAAAUGGAUGCGUGAUGAGAAUAUUGUGGUUAAUUUAGACGAAUGCAAUCCUAGACUUCCAUGGUUGUUCCCAAAGAGAAGCAGGCGAAAACAGGGGAAAAUUGUGAAGCACCCAAAACCAGGAACGUCUUCCGUUGAACUAGAGCGAUUAAAUGAACCAGCGAUGAAAGGCUGUCCGAAAUCCCCUCGCGGGUUUCGUGUUGUUGUAGACAACAUGUUGCAAGGGUUAGGACGGUAUUUAAGAUGUUGUGGUGUUGAUGUUAUCAUGUUGGCCAAUCAGGAUGAUCACGAUAAGGCAGCAAAGAUUGCAAGACGUGAUAACCGAGUCAUAUUAACAACGGGAACACCUUAUUAUACUCUACGUUCCCAGGUCCCACUCGGCCAUUGCAUGUGUGUUCCCGCUGGCGGAGCUAAAGAGCAGGUUUUAGCCGUUUUCAAACACUUCAACAUUCAAGUGAACGCUAGUGAUAUAUUCAGUAGAUGCCAGGUUUGCAAUGGUAAUGAAUAUAUUAAGGUAGGAUCGGUGCUAAUGAGACAAGCCUAUAUAAACUACUAUGAUUCGAGUCACGAAGGACGGAGAGACAAUGUGGAAAACAAUAAACCUUCAUCCCACCAGGCUCUGCCCUCUCCGUUAGAUGUAGAAACAUUAACUCUUUGUAGUGGCGUAAAACUAAAAAUCGAGGCACUACCCGAAGCAAUGUUGGAUAAAAUUGAACUAUUCUACUGCUGUGCUGCUUGCGGGAAAAUCUUCUGGGAGGGCGGGCACUUCUCUCGUAUAUGCGCACAGUUCUCCGAUGUUCUAAACAAUCCCGGCACUAUGUAAAUGUAAGGCGUUGAGACGAUAUGUCGUAACCUUAGACCAUUUUUAUCCAGUUAAUUAUUAUGCAAGUUGAAGUUUGUAAAAUUACCUGCUUUUGAAAGCCGUGGCUAUCUUUUCCCGCCAUUUUUGAAUUGAGUGUUUGUCGGGUAUUAAUAGAACUAUGUAAGUCGGAUGAUAACAUAAUUAAUCUGAUAAACAUGCGUGAUUAGAUCUUCUUUAUUCAUUGUUACUUUAAAGUGGUGUGUACCUUUAGGGGUAACUGGUUCCUUUGUAGUUCGUCUAGUUAUAAACUAUCGUGUUAUGUACGAGUGCGAACAAAAAGUCCUAUCUAUCAGGAUGCUUCCUCAACUCAGUAUCCAAAGGGGGCCUAAACAUUCGGUUUAGUUCAAUCAUCGGACAUCUGUGAUUUCUGGCACUUUGUAUUUAAUUAUUCAGUUUCUUGAAUCAAUUUUAACAUGCUAUUUUAUAUUCGUUACAUAAAUAUAUACGUACACAGGGUCCUCAUGGUCCUGGGUCCUCAUAGUCCUAGGUUCCUGUGAUCCUACGUACACGGGGCCCUCAUGGUCCUGGGUCCUACUUUUCCGGCAUGCCUGAGCGUUCCGCGUUGAUAGGCCCUGUUGUUAUUCCCUGUAAUUUGUCGUAAUUACCAAACAUUCUUUCACGCAAACCCUAAUAUUUACAAGUGCAGACGCGGACAUAGUUACAAGGAAUUA